UCCAUUUGCAUGGAAAUUUUAAGAUGUCGUUGUUUUUUAUUGCAGAGUAGUACUCUAAUGUGUAAAUGUGCCUCAUUUGCCUUAUCCAUUCUUCGCUUGAGAGGCAUCUAGGUUGUUUCUGGGUUCUGGCUAUGACAAAUAAAGCUGCUAUGAACAUAGAUGAACAAAUGUCCUUGUAGUAUGAUUGAGAAUCUUUUGGGUAUAUGUCCAAGAGUGUAUUGCUGGGUUCUGAGGUAGGUUGAUUCCAGUUUUCUGAGAAACGACCAUACUGAUUUUCAGAGUGGUUGUACAAGUUUGCAUUCCCACCAGCAAUGGAGGAGUGUUCAGGGUCAGAUGAUUUCAGUGCAGAAUUCUACCAGAAUUUCAAAGAAGAGCUAAUACCUAUACUUCUCAAAGUGUUCUUUAUUUAAAUCUUUUUUUAAACCUUUAAAUCCAAAGAUUUUACCUCUUGAUGAAAUGUUUAAAUGAUUAAUUUUCUUUUGCAGAGCAAGAACAUGAUCCUGGACCAAGCCUUUAAGUAUAUAACAGAAUUGAAGCGGCAAAAUGAUGAACUCCUGCUUAACGGGGGGAACAGUGAACAAGCUGAAGAAAUUAAAAAGCUACGAAAACAACUGGAAGAAAUCCAAAAAGAAAAUGGCCGAUAUAUUGAAUUAUUGAAAGCAAAUGACAUAUGUUUAUAUGAUGACCCCACAAUCCACUGGAAAGGAAAUCUGAAAAACUCAAAGGUGUCAGUUGUUAUUCCGAGUGACCAGGUCCAGAAAAACAUCAUUGUUUAUUCCAAUGGGAGCCAGCCUGGGGGAAACAGCCAGGGGACAGCCGUUCAGGGAAUAACCUUUAAUGUUGGUCACAGCUUGCAAAAGCAGACCGCCAAUGUGGUGCCAGUGCAGAGGACCUGCAAGCUUGUGACUCCUGUGUCUAUUUCUGGAGUUUACCCUUCUGAAAACAAGCCGUGGCAUCAGACUACAGUGUCUGCGCUGGCUGCCAACCAGCCUGUUCCCCUUUGUCUUCCCGCUGCCAUUUCUGCUCAAAAUAUUCUCGAACUUUCUACUUCCGAAAGCCAAUCAAGUGUGCUUGGUGCCAGUGGUGGCUCACUGAUCACUGUUUCAGUUGGCCCUGACCCUCACCAACAUCAUUCCUUGCACACAUGCCUAAAUGAUCAAAAUGCUUCAGAAAAUAGCAGUGGGCAAGAGAGCCCUAAAUCAUCAAAGCAAACAGUUGUGUGUGUUGCAAGCACCUCCUCCAGCAGCUCGGCAACUGCCUCUAAAGUGCAUCAUGGAACCAGAUCUGGCCCGAGUGUGCAGGAGUUCAGUGGAGAUUUGCAGAACACCAUUGUUGUGUCCGUUACCACCACAGUAAGCCCUGGCCCUCCCAGGUCUACAGGUGAUUCUUCUCCGGUGAGCAUUAGCAAGGCAGCAGACUCAACAACUACAACGACAGUGGUAGCACCAGCUCCUAGCAGAGUAGUGAAGACCACCCUCCCAGUGAGCAGUCUUUCUGCAAAUCCUUUGGACAGUGGUUGGACUCUUUCUUGUUCUUUGCCUUCUUCAAGUGUUAGUGCUUCAGAUUUGAAAAACAUCAAUAGCCUUACCCGAAUCUCUUCGGCUGGAAACACACAGACAACAUGGACUACUUUGCAAAUGGCUGGAAACACUAUUCAGCCUUUAAGCCAGACACCGUCUUCUGCUGUGACUCCAGUAUUAAAUGAGUCUGAUACCAGCCCUACCCCAAGCCUCCAUAACCAUGUGGCUACAGCCAUCACUUUAAAUAAUUCCCUUCCAACAGAUAGGCCGCCAAUUGAGCAAGUAGUGGUCACUUUGCCUUCAUGUCCACCCUUACCUAUGCAGCCACCAAUUGCCCAGCCACAAGUUAAAUCUCAGCCUCCAAAAAAUAUCCUUCCCUUGAAUUCAACAAUGCAAGUGAUUCAGAUGGCUCAGCCAGUCGGGUCAGCUGUCACUGCGGCUCCAGGUAACCAAAAUGUCAUCAUUCUUCAGCCACCCAGCACAACCCCAUGCCCAGCAGUGAUGAGGGCAGAGGUUCCCAACCAAACAGUAGGCCAACAGAUUGUCAUCAUACAGGCAGCCAAUCAGAACCCAUUGCCACUCCUCUCUGCUCCCCAUCCUGGUCCUGUUCGACUUCCUGUUAAUGGAGCCAGUGCUAUAAUAGGGCCUCAUAAUAAUGUGCCAGCCCCACAGACUUUUGGAGGAAAGCAUCUUGUACACAUAUUACCAAGACCUUCAUCUCUAUCCACAUCUAACUCAACCCAAACUUUUUCUGUUACCAUGUCAAACCAACAGCAGCCUCAAACCAUUUCUUUAAAUGGGCAGCUCUUUGCUUUGCAACCUGUCAUGUCUUCAUCAGGAACUACAAAUCAAAGCCCUAUGCAAAUUAUUCAACCUACCACCAGCGAAGAUCCAAAUACCAAUGUUGCCCUGAACACAUUUGGGGCUUUGGCCAGCCUCAAUCAAAGCAUAUCGCAGAUGGCUGGGCAAAGCUGUGUACAGUUGUCUAUCAGCCAGUCUGCUAAUCCUCAGACUUGUGCAAACAGUCAGCCCAGCCCAGCUAACUGUGUGUCACUAACCACUGUAGCACCUACCAUGACAACAGAUAAUUCAGCCACACUACCCGGUACGUACAGUCUUGCAACAGCUUCCUCAGCAAACACUGUCACUUGUUUGCCCUCUACCAUGAAAUCAAAAAGACCGAACAAGAAGCCAGGUGCCAAGAAACACUUAGCAGUUAACAAGCCAGCAUGUCCCCUGAAUUCAGUCAGAGAUGUGGGCAAGCUAGAUGGUCCCAGAACAGACAGCUCAGCAGAGCCAUCGUGUAGUGAUGGACUGCUGAACAGCCUCCCUGGUGGCCUCCCAUCUGUUGCUGUGUCCCAGGCAAAGAGUGUUAGUAUUUCUGCUUCACAUUCUUUGGACAUUCUGAAUUCUGAAUCAGUAAUCCCUGAGUCUGUGUCCAAACCUAAGUCAGCAGGGGACUGUAGCUCAUCCUCCCAAGAAUCGGAAACAAAUGAACAGUUUGCAGUGGCCCCAGCAAAAUCCAAAGAUUCUCCUCCCAUCUUGCAAGAGACAUCUCAGGGCACACCACCAACUACUGUAGCCUUGUCCAGUGCUACAAACUCCUGUACUUCAGCCAAUGUGUUGAGUCCAUCUCCUAUCGAAUCCCAGAUUUUGGUUUCUCAGGUUUCUGGUAUGUCAUCCACUACAAGCACUUCAAGUGCUGACUGUAUUUCUGAAGUAGAAAUUGUGGCAGAACCUUGCCCCAUUCAGCAGGAUUCACUGGACACCAUGCAAGCAGCAGGGCCUUUAAAGGGACAAGGUCUAACAAUGCUGCUAUCUGAUCUUACUAAAGAAAAAGACCUUCAGAAACCAUCUCUUUCUGUUCAGAUGGAUCAUGCGGAUUUUUCUCCAGAUAAUUCUAAGAUAGGUGAUUCUAAUGUUGGUUUGCAUCCCAAGCAGGAACUGUUACUGAUAAACGAGGACAGAGAUCCUCCGCAGCACCACUCCUGUCUCCCUGAUCAAGAGGUUAUGAACGGUUCUUUGCUCACCAGUAGGCAAGCUGACUCUCCUAUGUCAACCAGCUCUGGCAGUAGUCGUAGUUUCUCGGUUGCAUCCAUGCUUCCCGAAACAGCUCGUGAAGACGUGACCAGCAGUACAGCAGCUAACACAUGUGACAGCUGUACCUUUGCAGAGCAAACCGAUAUCGUAGCCCUGGCAGCAAGAGCUAUUUUGGACCAGGAGAACAUUGAGAAGGGAAGGGUUGGCACACAGACUGAGAUGAGGGAGGUUACUUCCAAGUCUUCUGAAACCUCUUUAGAAGGAGAGCAGCCUUUUAAAACACAGAUCCAUAAGGAGCCUUGCACGGGACCGGCAGAUGCAACACCAAAUGAAUUUAACUCUCAGGAUUCAGUGGAAGUCACAGUCAAUAGGCCUCUCGAAAAAUCGAGCUGUUCUCUGGGAAUUAAAUCAUCAAAUGCCUCCUUGCAGGUGCCGGCCUCUCAGCCGCCAAGUUUGACCAGUUUAAGUGUGAAUAAUCUUGUCCAUCAGAGCAACAUCAGCCAUCCUCUGGUCAGCUGCACGGGGUUAUCACAGACUUCCGAGCAAACAUCUAUUCCUGUAACUGUUAAUACGCCUGUUGUAUGCAGCUCUUACAGCAGCCAGCCUCCUGCACCGCCUCUGAUGGCAGACUACCCCCAGGAACAGCGGGGCACCAUGAGCAGUGCCGUACCAAAUCCACAGGCUCAAGAACCCCGCUCGAAGCCGAGUCAGGAGAGCCGGAAAGAUUCUGCGAAGCGCGCUGUACAAGAUGAUCUUCUACUGUCUUCAGCCAAACGGCAAAAGCACUGUCAGCCAGCCCCUCUGAGGCUUGAAAGUAUGCCCCUGAUGAGCCGGACCCCAGACAGCAUUCCUGAUCAAACUCAAAUGAUGGGGAGUCAGAUCCCCACCAACUCUUCAAAUUCAGUUGUUCCUGCUAGCAACCCAGCUCAUGGAGACGGCCUUACACGGCUUUUCCCUCCUGGUAACAACUUUGUGGCGCCUGCAUUGAGGCAGACUGAAGUUCAGUGUGGUUCUCAGCCUCCAGUUGCUGAGCAACAGCAACAAACUCAGGCAAGUCAACAUCUGCAGGCCCUGCAGCAGCAUGUACCAGCUCAAGCGGUGUCUCACCUUCACACCAACCAUCUCUACAUCAAGCAACAGCAGCAGCAGCAAGCAGGGCAGUUAAGAGAGAGGCAUCACUUAUAUCAGCUGCAGCAUCAUGUGCCUCAUGCAGACAGUGCUGUCCACUCCCAGCCCCAUAUUGUGCACCAGCAGAGAACUCUACAACAGGAAGUUCAGAUGCAGAAGAAGAGAAAUCUCGUUCAGGGCACUCCUGCCUCUCAGCUGUCCUUACAACCAAAACACCAUGGGACUGACCAGUCAAGACCCAAGAGUAGUCAGCCACAUCCUCACCAUCCGCAGAUGCAGCAACAGAUGCAGCAACACUUUGCAAGUUCCCAGCCAGAGAAGAGCUGUGAAAACUCUUCAACUGGACGGGGCCACCAUAACCAUGCCCAGAACCACAUCAGUCAAGAGAUUCUGCACCAGCAACAGGAUGUUGGAAGCAGACAGCAGGGUUCAGCAGUUUCUUCUGACCAUGUAUCCGGUCAUAAUCCAAUGCAGAGGCUUUUGCCACCAAGAGGCUUAGAGCAGCAAAUGGUGUCCCAACCCAGUAUUGUGACCAGGUCUUCAGACAUGACCUGUGCUCCACACAGGCCAGAGAGAAACCGAGUGUCCAGUUACUCUGCUGAGGCUCUCAUUGGAAAGUCAUCUUCAACUUCGGAACAGAGAAUGGGCAUGUCGAUUCAGGGUUCAAGGGUUUCAGAUCAGCUUGAAAUGAGAAGUUAUAUUGAUGUUCCCAGAAAUAAAAGUUUGGCACUUCAUAAUAUGCAGGGUCGCAUGGACCAUGCUGUCCCUCUUCCUGAUUGUCAGACAUUCAAACCAGCGGGAGCCAGCCAACAGCCCCAGAGUAAUUUUGAAGUACAAUCUUCAAGAAAUAAUGAAGUAGGUAACCCUGUGCCGUCACUGAGAAGUAUGCAGUCACAGGCUUUUCGAAUUAGUCAGAACACUGGCCCACCACCAAUCGACCGACAAAAGAGGUUAUCUUAUCCACCAGUUCAAAGCGUCCCAGCAGGAAAUGCUGUCCCACCAAGGGACAGUGAGAACACAUGUCACCAGAGUUUCAUGCAGAGUUUACUUGCUCCUCACCUUGGUGACCAGGUCAUUGGGAGCCAAAGGUCACUCUCAGAACAUCCAAGGAAUACACAAUGUGGUCCAUCUUCAACAAUUGAAUAUAAUUGUCCUCCAACCCGUGAAAGUGUUCAUAUUAGAAGAGAGAGUGAAAGUCAGAAUAGGGAGAGUUGUGACAUGUCUUUAGGUGCAAUUAACACCAGGAACAGCACUUUGAAUAUUCCUUUUUCAAGUUCCUCUUCCUCAGGAGAUAUUCAAGGUCGAAACACAAGUCCCAAUGUUUCUGUGCAGAAGUCCAAUCCCAUGAGAAUUACUGACAGUCAUGGGACCAAGAGCCACAUGAACCCUCCUCCGGUCACAUCCAACAUGCAUGGGGUUGCAAGGCCAACUUUGCCACACCCAUCUGUGUCUCAUGGAAAUGCUGACCAAGGGCCUCCUGUACGUCAGGCUAACUCUUCAGUUGCCCAGAGGUCAAGACAUCCCCUGCAAGACAGCAGUGGUUCCAAAAUCCGCCAACCUGAAAGGAAUCGAUCUGGAAAUCAAAGACACAGUAGUGUCUUUGACCCAAGUCUUCCUCACCUUCCUCUCCCUGCUGGCGGCAGCAUGAUUCUUGGACGUCAGCAACCUGCUGCAGAAAAGAGAGGGGGUAUUGUUCGUUUCAUGCCCGAGAGUCCACAAGUCCCUAACGAUAAUUCAGGUCCUGACCAGCAUACACUGUCACAAAAUUUUGGUUUUCCUUUUAUUCCCGAGGGUGGCAUGAAUCCACCAAUAAAUGCGAAUACUUCCUUCAUUCCACAGGUUACCCAACCUAGUGCCACACGAACUCCAGCUCUCAUCCCAGUAGAUCCCCAAAACACUCUACCUUCCUUCUACCCCCCCUAUUCUCCUGCACAUCCUACUCUGUCCAAUGAUAUUUCAAUCCCUUAUUUUUCUAAUCAAAUGUUCUCCAAUCCUAGCACAGAGAAAGUAAACAGUGGAGGUUUAAACAACCGGUUUGGAUCCAUUUUAUCUCCUCCCAGACCCGUUGGCUUAGCUCAACCAAGCUUUCCCCUUCUCCCUGAGAUGCCGCCAAUGCAUAUGGCCAACUCUCACCUAUCCAAUUUCAACAUGACAUCGUUGUUUCCGGAAAUAGCAACAGCUCUUCCUGAUGGCUCAGCGAUGUCACCUUUGCUCACCAUAGCAAAUUCCUCUGCUUCUGACUCCUCCAAGCAGUCCUCAAACAGACCUGCUCACAACAUAAGCCAUAUCUUAGGUCAUGAUUGCAGCUCGGCUGUUUAAAUCUAGAGAGAAUAAAUGCGAAGGUUCGAAUUGAGUUGACAGCUGUUCUUGUAUGUACACGUGUGCAUUGAGGAGUUUGUGUGGGUAUGUGUCUUUGUUUUGGAUAACCAUUUUUCAGUUAGCUUCUGAUUAUAAGAGAGUCAUGUCAGAGAAGAUGCAUACACCGGGGUUGUCAAAACAAUCACCUCUUAUUUCUGAGUGAUGUACUUUCUUUGAUCAUCUAAAUGAUUUACCUUUCCAAGUUUGACUUGUAAAUCUUUUAUUCCCUAAGUACUAACCAACAAGAAGUUGAAGAGAUCUUGGCACAUGCUGGAUGGCAGGAAGGAGCUGAGAUUCUAAAAUCAGUUGUUGAUAAGUUAUAAGAUAGGUAGUCAAAAUAGUUGGUUUGCAAAUCCAAAAGUAAAAGCAACAUGAAAAAACGUGAUUCGUUACUCGGUGAUGUCAACACCUAACAAUUCUCAGCCACGGCAGGUGAUAAAUUGAUAGUGGGCUAAAUUCCCAUACAUAAAAUCAAGCAGAUAAAAAUUAUAUGAAGUGUUUGACUCCUGAACUUGGUUACAGAGACUUCUUUCUUAAUUAUAAUUUUAACAAACUACCUAAAUUUCAUGUCUUGUUCUUCAAAAUAGGGAGUCAUAUUAUCCUUUAAUGUGCCAAGAUCAUGGAAAGUAAAAGUCUUCCUAAGACAAUGAGCCUUAAAAACACAAAGCAAAGAUAAAAUACAGAAAUGUUUUCCACUUAGUACUUGGGUUUUGCAUUAGGCCAAAGAAUAACAGACAUUGUAUUGUGGCUUUUCCUAGGGUCACCUAGUGAUUAGUGCUUCAUCAGUUGAGUUGAUGUAGUAUUCUCUCUUCAUUCUAUUUAUUCGGUCUUGAAAUAAAUUAAUUUACAAUCAUUUAAAUAUUAGAACUGCUCAGUGAAUACUGUGUUUAGAAGACACAUUUGAGCCUUUUCAGAUACUUCUGAAUAGGGGUUUAAGCUGUCUCAGUAUUUUCAUUUACUGAUUAUUUAUAUUAAAUAUUGCAUUGUAAAUUGCAUUAUUGUUUUUCAUAACAAUUAUAAUAAGAAAAUGAAUUCAUUAUUUUUCUUGUAGGUAUGAAAUGGUGCUUCACAAAAACACAUUCUCUGUGUAUCUGAGUUCGUGAGUGCGAGUGUGUGUAAAAGCGGGUUCCCAAGUCUAGCCUGUCCUUGCUAUUGGAGAUGCAGAUCACAUUGUACACGGUAAACAGGCAUAGUCUCGUCUCAAUUAAAAGUGAACAAAUUGGAAAAGACAUCAGGACUGCCAUCUGCAAAUGGGAAAUCAAGGCUUGCUCUAUAGCAGUGGUUCUCAUCCUUCCUAACACGACCCUUAAUACUGUGUUCCUCAUGCUGGGUGACCCCCAACCAUAAAAUUAUUUUCAUUGCUACUUCAUAACUGUAACUUUGCUACUGUUAUGAAUCACGAUGUAAAUAUCAGUUUUCCGAGAGUCUUAGGCAACCCCUGUGAAAGGUUAUUUGAGCCCCACAGGUUGAGAACUCCUGCUCUAAAGCAUGCUGUAGUUUUUUAAAAGAUCAUUAUUAAUAUUAUCAUUCUCUCAUAUAUUACAUCCCAACUGCAGUUUCCCCUCCCUCCAUCCUGCCUCCUCCGCCUCUCUAUCCUCUAGAUCCACUUCUCCAUUUCCCUUUUAAAAAAAGGAGGGGGGGGGCUUCCCAGGGAUAUCAACCAAACACUGCAUAACAAGUUACAAUAAAACUACAGAAACCCUAAUAUCAAGGUUGGACAAGGCACCUUGGUAGGAGGAAAAGGGUCCUGCUGUAGAUGUUUUUUAACACCACUGAAUUAGUAAUUAAUUUUAAAGCAUGUAUUAAGUCUUGAGAACUUAAAACUAAGAAAAAAAAACUUAUGUGCUGAAUUUUUUUUUAAAACCAUUUAAACUCUUAGCUCUCAACUGUUGCUCCAUUCUGGUAAAAACUGGAGCGAGAAGGACGGAUGCAGAGAUGGCCCGUUGGCUUAGUAGAAGCGAGCCCAAGGGCCACAGAGGGUUUGGGUUUUUCCCUUUGGUUUGUUUUCAUUUUGUACUAGUCUGGUCAGAGCCCUGGUCAGAGCAGUCGCCACCGAAUGCCUGUCUAAGGGCCCCGCAAAGGGCUUCUUGUGCCUUGUCAGUUCCUGUUGCCCGAAAUCACCCUUCCUGUGAACAGAGCAAACCCGUGUUUCCUCCCACUCCGUGUUCCUGGGGGAGAAGAGAAGUUCACAGUUGCAUUACUUAACUCAUGUACACCACAGUAGAAAGGUUGCUGAGGAAAAAGAAUCGUUUAUGAAUUGCUUUAAGCAUUAAUAUUCAGAGUGGUCUUUGUACUUGGAGGCCCAGUUUGCCAAGUUCAUUAAAGGUAAUGUUGUGUAUGGCCAAUCCCCUUCCUCCCCUUCUCUUAGUGGCCGUCUUUCACACGUGCAUCCUCACAUCAUGGUGGCUCUUGAGUUUGGAGGGGCAGGCUGGCGCUAUUGGAACCAAGGUUGCAUGCUGUGGAGAAACUCCAGUUUUGUAUUGUGUUUCUGAGACAGGGAUCUUGCUCUGUUGUCCAGACUGGCCCGGAAUUCCUGGGCUUAAGCAGAACUUCCACCUCAGCCUCCUAGGUAGUGGGACUCAAGGUGCACCCCACCACCCAGCAGAGAAGCUCCAUUUGUGACUGCAGCACUAAGUCCUAAGCCUGUUAAGACUUUGGGUUAUUUUUAUUUGGUUGUCUGCAGCUCAGCUCUGUCCUGAGAUAGCAUUGCAUUGUCAGGGUUUUCAUGCCGAGAAGAGUACUGUGAGGUUGUCUGAAUCUCAGCCUUCUGUGAGAUGUAAAAGUCUGCAAAUAAUUGGCUCCUGCUCACAUGUGGCCCUAAUUAAAUACAUAAUGCACUUGUGUGUUAGAGAUCAUUUCAUGCAUGGACUCGGAUGAGAAAGAGUUUGCACUUGGUUUAAAAGUCUGGGUUCUUAUUAGUGUUAAUAAUUAAAGCUAAAUGAUUUGGGGAUGAAACUUAAAUGGUUUCUGGUAAUAUCAAGAUAAAACUUUUGUUGACGUAAUGGCAGAAAAUGCAGUCAAAUUUGGUUAUAAGUUUCAUGUUGUCCUAACCUUUUAACAUGACUAUGUAAAGCAUUUCCACAAAUAUCUUUGUAAUUUCUGGAAGUACACAAGAUCAUGCCUGCCUCCUAAGUGAGAGUCAUUGAUUAGCGCAUUUUGUUCUGACUGUUGAUCAUACAGGAUCACUAAACGUGCUCUCUUCCUUUGGGCAUUCCAAAGUUAAGUUCUGAUGAAGAGUUUUAGAUUUCUCUUUGUGUACUUCAAUGAAUUUGUUAAAUAUGUCAACUAUAGAUGAAAUAAAUCCAUUUUAAUGUUUUUAAUAGACACUGGGUUUUUAUAAGUCUUGUAUUUCUCCAGGAGUUCUGUUUCUGUUUUCACUAGCACAACUCUGAGACGGCAGCAGUUGCUCCCUGUCAUAGUGGAGGGCAGGAUUCCCAGUGGUGGCGGUGUGAUGUCAGAAGGCUGGGGGUUCUAAACUCUGGCCUUGGGAGUCACCAGAUACUGGUCAGAAUUAUGCUGAACUGCAAUGGAGGUUAGCUUUUUACGUCAGCCUUUUAGCGUUUUAAGGAAACUUCUUUUGCCUUGCUCUUGCCUUCUAACUUUAGCCAUCUCAUGGAGAGGCUAAAACUUACACUCAAAAAAACAAUGUAGACAUACAUUUUAAUGGAAACAUUAAAAUGAGACUGUUACUGUGCUUUGGGUUUUCCCAUUCCUUCACACAGGUGUGUAGGCUCGAGCUCUCGUUUAGCUGUUCCCCAUCAAGUAGAUGGCAGGCAGCCUGGCUUUGUCCACGAGACAGUUAUGCCUCCAUGUUGGAAUGUGAUUGGGCCCGCCCUCUCUAUAAGACCAGUGUGUAGUAGUGGGUCCCCUAUGCCUCUUUCUUAAACAGCAACAAUUCCUCAAAAUGCCAUUAGUUUGAAGUUGGUAAACUUCUCCCCUGUGGUGGGAGGAAAGGUUAGAGGAGGAACCAAAAUAGAUUAGCUCUGAGCCUGUAUCUCAAUGCCUGAAAGGCACUCCAGGUCUGUCAUCUAGGUACUGACUGACUGGAAGAAGUGUGCCUUUGGCUGUUGUAUCUGGAGGGCAACCAUUAGCCAAUGACCACAAAAAACUAGUAUGGACUUAAUCUCCGAGUGGUUGUUUUGCAGUGUGUAUAUGCAAAUUUUUUCUAGAGAUGCCUUUCAGGCUGAAUGUCAGCAUUUUGUUUUCUUUUCCCAAAGUUCUACCAAAAAGCAAAGGUUUUGUUUGUUGGUUUGUUUUGUUUGCUUGCUUGUUUUUUGCUUGACUAUACUCUGUAUUCUGCUCGUGCUGGGCUGAAUUCUACUAUAGUAAAAUCUAAGCUGUUCUUAGUAGCUCCGUGGGGCUCACAGUGCUCAGAUGGAGACAGCCAUGUGGGCUGGGAAAACACUGAGGACCCCUGGGCUCAGAGUUUCUGGUUCUGACCCCACACCUCGGCCCUGGCACUGCCCUUUUCCUGAAACUGUGCCUCUGAUUCCUGAGACCAGAUCCCAGAACAUGUCACCCAGCCGGCCCGUGCUGCAGCGAAGGAGCUACAGGGAUGGCACGUGCUGUGUGACCAAACACCUCCUAGAUGAUCAGUACAGCCGAUGCUUCUCACUCUUGCCUUACCGCCUCUGAGCCAUUGUUGACAAAGUAGAUAGCAAGUUGUGGUCGCUGAACCUGUACCUGAGCUUGUGAGGCAGGCCGUCCUUCCACAUCCUCAUUUCCACGUUGGCAUAAGCUCUACCCGGUAAUUGUUUUUGUGGGGAGGGGGUCACACGUGUGUCGACAGGUGCAUCAUAAACAUAGCUCAGCUUAGGCUGAGAAUGCCGGGCAUGAUCUGCAAGCUGUUCUGGAUGAAUGCACAACCUGUCAUUAAAGUUCAUGAGACACAAACAAAACCUCUCGUGUAGCACGUCUUUAAACAGAAAAUCUUUAACCUUUUGGCCCAGUCGUGUGUACAGCUGUCCAUGCAGUUUGUAAUAGAAAACUAAAGUUGACCCAUUUAAUUUUGUCUUCACUCUUUCUGAGACCUCUCUUCCCCCUGCUCCUGAAGUCUUAAAGUCAUUUCCAUCUGUAAGGUCACUGGGCACAGGGCUUGAUGAUAGUGGUAAAUUUUCAGGCUGCUGAACUUCUGAGAAGGGACCAGACAGUGUUGCUUAAGAUGCUGCAGUUGUGUUAAUGUGAAGGAAACAUCUUCCACUUUCAGCAGGUUGUGUGUGUGUGUGUGCGCGCGUGCAUGUGCGUGUGCAUGUGUGUGUGUUCAUUUUGGUUUUUUAAAAAGGUUGAAAAUUGAGGAGAACAUGAUUACUUUCACAGAUUAUUUAUAGAUACACUGGUUGUGAUGCUUACUGUCGACAAGCACCAGGAAAACACAAGUUUUAGUGCUUCAGUAGUGGAAUCUGUGUACCUGUGACCCAGCCAGCAGUCUUCUGUGCACUGUGUCCUAUAACUGUAAAUCACCUGGUUUAUAAUUCUAAUGGAAACUAAUUUGUUUUGUAAUGGAACACAGAGCAGAUAUGUAUAAUAGGAUCAGGAUUGUCUUACAGCUGUAAAUAAGAAUAGGUCCUGUUUAUUUUGACAUCUUUUUACAAAUGCAUUGUAUUAGGAUGUGAAUAUUCCAGAACAUGCUCUUGUUUAAAGUUUUGAAAUUUUUAUUGUUAAAUGUAACAUUUUAAUGGUUGUAAUAAUUAUUUGUAUGGAUAUGGAUAUAGUAUUUUAUUUAAGAAAAUAAACUUUGCAAUUUUUGCAUUGUGAA